AUGUCUACUGCCAAUCCGUGUACGCUCCAGACGUGCUCUCUCAACCUUGCAUAUAUUCAAUAUCUGCCUUCUAUCGCCGGAAACGCAUUCUAUUUGGCCCUUUUUUCAAUUCUUUUGCUUGUGCAAGUGAUAUCUCUAAUACACUUUCGCGCAUGGGCUUUCUCUGCUACCAUGAUAUGCGGUCUUAUUCUGGAGGUGCUAGGAUAUAUCGGGCGAAUAAAACUACACUAUGAUCCAUUUGGAUUUACGAAUUUUCUACUUUACCUCGUUUGUCUCACGAUCGCACCAGCCUUCUUCGGAGCUGCGAUCUAUCUGUGUCUAAGUCGAAUAAUCAUUAUCCAUGAGGGCGAGAACAUAUCCCGCCUGAAACCGCGGAAUUACACGGUUAUAUUUGUGACCUGCGAUGUUAUAUCUUUGGUAUUGCAAGCAGCUGGAGGGGCGAUCACGUCAUCUGCCGAGGACGGUGCGUUUCGCAACGAGGGCGUCAAUAUCAUGAUCGCAGGUCUUGCGUUUCAAGUUGCCGCUCUGGGUAUUUUCAUGGCUUUUGGUAUAGAUUUCUUAAUCAGGUCAAAUAUGCGAUCAGUGAGGCUCAAAGCGAAUGAAGUGCGCAAAUUACCUGACCCAGAAUUUAUCGCCAUCAGGGCAAGUCGAGGAUGGGGAUUGUUUCUAAUUUGCAUCCCUACCGCUACCGUCACUAUUUUUAUUCGAUCUUUCUUCAGAGUUUUCGAGCUGAACGGUGGAUUUCACAGUAGUCUGGCUAAUGACGAGCCUGCUUUAAUGGUGCUAGAUGGAGCCAUGGUAUCAAUUGCGUGUCUCUGGCUGACAAUAUUACAUCCCGGAGUUACUAUCGGAAGACGGUGGAACACUGUCAAGUCAAGUCAAGGCUUGGACAGAACGAGUCAAGUUACAUAUUGA